AUGGAAGACUCACAGCACCCCCGGCGUCGGACACAUUCUUCGAAUGGCUCCCAAGGGCAGAUCACUAGUCCCAAUUCGACGACACCACCAGAUAAUUCAUCGGAAAAGCCGAAGGACGUUGCGACGGGAUUCACGGACAUCUAUGGAGCGUUGUCACCUCGCCGAGCGGGGAUCAUCAGUAUUGGGUCAGCCAUUGGUACGGGACUGAUAGUGGGCAGUGGGAGAACUUUAGCCAUGGGCGGCGUGGCGGCGAUGAUGGUCUCAUAUACCCUUGUCGGAUUCACAGUAUUUCUCGUUCUCUCUGCACUGGGAGAAGUUGGUGCGUGGCUGCCGAAACCAUCCACCGUGGCGGACCAGGCUUUUCGCUUCUGUGACCCGGCGCUGGGCUUUGCACUGGGUUGGAUAUACUGGCUCAAAUAUGCUGUCAUCACCCCGAAUCAGUUGACAGCUGCUACCCUCGUGAUGGAGUUGUGGGUGGAUGCUGAUCGGGUUAACCCUGGAGUAUGGAUCACCCUCUUCAUUUCUAUCAUCAUGGCUCUCAAUUAUAUCCACCAUACCUUGCCGAGUCAGAUCGAAUUCUACGUGUCGGCAUUGAAACUCGUUGUUAUGAGCGGCCUCAUGAUCUUGUCUCUUGUGCUCGUUCUUGGAGGAGGACCAGAUCACCUUCCCCACGUCAGGGGCUUUCUAUACUGGAAAUACCCAGGUGUCUUCGAGGAUGGCGGUGGCGGUAUGAUGACAGUCUUCUUCUCAACUUGUGGAGCCAUGUCCUCCGCUACCUUUGCGUAUAUUGGCAGCGAACGAUCUGGUAUCCUGGCCCGGUCGCCGAAUGUACCUCAGGUCAUGAAUCGUGCCAUCAAACAUACCUUCUAUCGGAUUCUGGUCUUCCAUCUUCUAGGAAUUACUCUUCUCGGCAUGGUCCUUCCAUAUGAUACGGUCGACCUGUCCUUUCAUACACUUGGAAAGGGGAAGAAGAGGCUAGCCGCCUCUCCCUUUGUGGCGGCAUUACUUGCUGCUGGGAUCGCCGCUCUUCCUCACAUCUUGAAUGCAUGUAUCCUAUUCUUCGUUCUCUCAAUUGCAACCUACGAUCUGUACUUGGCUACCAAAGCACUCUCCGACUUGGCCCUCAGACAUCGAGCCCCCAUUUUCCUGUCCCGGGUCAACAGCAACGGGGUCCCCGUCAACGCACUAGUCGUAUCCACAUGCAUGUCCACCUGGGCCUACCUGAACGUCUCGAAAGACUCGAGGGCCGUCUUUGCUUACCUGGUGGACUUGGUCACAAUGCUUGGCCUUCUGACUUGGAUAUCCAUCCUUAUCACUCAUAUCUGCUUUGUGCGAGCUCGCAAGGCACAGGGGAUAUCCGACGACAUGCUGGUAUUCAAGGCUCGCUUCGGUCUCCCGGGAACCUGGCUGGGGCUGGUGCUCUGUGUGUUCAUUUCAUCGACUAUGAUUUUCAAUUCUCUUUCCAUUCAGAGGUCGCAGAUCAAGUUUGACCCGACCAAAUUCUUGGCCGGGUAUGUCGGGGUUCCCAUCUACGUGAUGUUGUAUGUCGGGCACAAGAUUGCCUUGAAAAGCAAGCAUAUUGACCCCAAGGAUGCUGAUUUCUGGUCCGACAAACAACCUGACCGUGGGCCGGCGAUUGAACUGUAA